CCUCCUCCCCUUCCCUUCACAUUUCACAACGAGCGCUCGCGCGACCCCCCAGAGCAAUCGAGUAGGGAGAAGCGGAGAUCGCGCGCGGGCGAUGGGGAGCGAGAUGAACGGCGGCGGCACGGACCGGCCGGCGGCGGAGGGGGAGGAGGAGAAGAAGGGCGGGGCGCCGCCGCUAGAGGCGCCGGAGGUCAGGUUCACCAAGCUCUUCAUCAACGGCUGCUUCGUCGACGCCGUCUCAGGCCGGACAUUCGAGACCAGGGAUCCGCGCACAGGGGACGUCAUCGCUAGCGUCGCCGAAGGUGACAAGGAGGACGUCGACCUGGCAGUGAAGGCGGCGAGGGACGCCUUCGACCAUGGCGAGUGGCCACGCAUGUCCGGAUCCGAGCGCGGGCGGAUCAUGACGAGGUUCGCCGACCUGGUGGAGCGGCACGCGGACGAGCUGGCGGCGCUCGAGAGCCUGGACGCCGGCAAGCACCCGGCCGUCACCAAGGCGGUGGACAUCGGCAACGCCGCCGGCAGCCUGCGCUACUUCGCCGGCGCGGCCGACAAGGUCCACGGCGAGACGCUCAGGAUGCGGGGCCAGUUCCAGGGCUACACCCUGCGCGAACCGCUCGGCGUCGCGGGGCUCAUCAUCCCCUGGAACUUCCCCACCACCAUGUUCGGCAUCAAGGUGGCCCCGGCCCUGGCCGUCGGCUGCACCAUGGUCGUCAAGCCCGCCGAGCAGACGCCGCUCAGCGCCCUGUACCUCGCCGACCUGGCCAAGCAGGCGGGGAUCCCGGACGGGGUAAUCAACGUCGUGCCAGGCUUCGGCCCGACGGCAGGAGCUGCGAUCGCGUCCCACAUGGACGUUGACGUGGUCAGUUUCACUGGAUCGACGGAGGUCGGGCGCCUCAUAAUGGAGGCCUCGGCGAGAAGCAACCUGAAGCCGGUGUCCCUGGAGCUGGGCGGCAAGUCCCCGCUCAUCAUCUUCGAAGACGCCGACCUCGACAUGGCCGUCGAGCUCGCCAUCAGCGCAAACUUCUUCAACAAGGGAGAAGCCUGCAUCGCCGCGAGCCGCGUCUACGUGCAGGAGAGCAUCUACGAGCGGUUCGAGAAGAAGCUGGCGGAGAGGAUGAAGAGUUGGGUGGUAGGAGACCCUCUGAACGAUCCUCGUGUCGACCAGGGCCCUCAGGUGGACAAGGCUCAGUACGAGAGGGUGCUGAACUACAUUGAGCUUGGCAGGAGGGAAGGCGCCACUCUUCUGACGGGAGGAAAACCCUGUGGCCAGAAAGGCUACUACAUCGAGCCCGCAGUUUUCACCAACGUCAAGGAGGACAUGGUCAUAGCAAAGGAGGAGAUCUUCGGGCCCGUCAUGUGCCUGAUGAAGUUCAGGACGGUGGAGGAGGCGAUCGCGAGGGCGAACGCGACCCGGUACGGGCUGGGCGCGGGGGUGGUGACGCGGGACCUGGACGUGGCGAACCGGGUGGUGCGGUCGGUGCGCGCCGGGCUGGUGUGGGUGAACUGCUACUUCGCCGUCUGCAGCGACUGCCCCUUCGGCGGGCGGGGGAUGAGCGGCUUCGGCAAGGACGAGGGCAUGCACGCGCUCGACAAGUACCUCGCCGUCAAGUCCGUCGUCACCCCGAUCCGCGGCUCGCCGUGGCUGUGAUUAUUAUUCGAUCGAUCCAUCCAGCCUCCGGGCGUGCAUCGGGCCGCGUUGCGAUGUGCAACGCCGGCUGUUUAGUAGUCCUGGUACGGGUUGGAGAAGAAGAAUAAAGUAAAAAAAAAACUGAGAUCUGAAUAUGUUGAUGCCAA